UGAACACCCAGGAUGUCAGGGAUUAUUCUCUUUCUCUUGUUUCUCGGCUUUCCUCUUCACGACACAGAAGAGCAUGUCGUCAACGAGCUGUACACCCUGAUUGAAAAGGGUCAGGGCGGCUUCGUGGACCCAGCUGUGAGCAACCAGAGCAGGCUGCUGGUUAAGGAGCCCUCCCUGCCCAUCAACGAGCUCCUGGAGAAAAGCAGCAAGGGCGGCGAGUCCAAAUUCGCCCUCCAUCCUCUGCCCGCAGCUGUGUGGCCAAAGCACAGCGACCUGGCCCCCAUCACUCGCCACCACGCUCCCCACAACAAGAGCAAGAAGGGCCCCAAGAGCGACCGUCUGCUGGAGCACAACAGCGAGAAAGCCAGGGGGGAAGCCGUCGGUCUGCUUCCCAAAACCCCGCUGACGGGAGCCGCGUCUGCUGCCACCAACCGCACCGCGCAGAGAGCCGGCCACGACGCCCAGGCCAGCAUCGGUCCGCCUCAGCAAGGCGAGCCGGAGGGACACCCCAACUCCCGACCCAGGGGCCCACCCCACACGCAGCCUCAGGCUCAGCCGCUUCACCCGGCGCCGCCUCCGCGGAGAGAUCCCCCCAACCGGCGGCUGGACCCGGAGGAGAACCGGCCGGGGAAGGCCAGUCUCUAUCAGUCAGGUAUCGGUGCUGCGGCCCGGAACAACAGCCGCCCGCCUGUCGCCUUCAACCGGCGCUCCUCCAGCCUGCUUUACCAGUUCGACAUCCUGAGGCGAGAGUCGGACUUCGCGCACGACGCCUUCUGCCUGAGCGAGUGCAGGAAGGAGAAGGAGGAGAGAGAGUAUUACUGCUACAGUGAGUUUGCUGUGAACGGGAUCGUACACGACGUCGAGCUGGUGCGUAAGGGAAUACGGCUCGUCACGCUGAUGGUGGGCAGCGACGGCUUCUACAAGAUGAGUCGUCUCUACGUGGCCCCGGACAGCUUCUUCUUCAGGGUUCGCCUCCUGGUCCUGGACACCUACAAGUGCAGCAGACCCUGCCCCGAUAUCAAGCUCGGGACCAGAUACAUCGUAAUGGGCCAGAUCUACCACCGGAGGCGCCACCUUCCCAACGACCUCCUGAGCCUGCUGGGGGGUAAACUGAAGCCCGGGGACGGCCUCCUGCGAAGCAACAGCUACGUCAAGAGGUUCAACAAGCGGAGACACCAGAAAGCCCUGGAGGCCACCCGCUCCAGGUGUAGGUGAACCGGGCACGAGAGAAGGUCGCCCCCUUCCGCAGGGGAAGAGACACUGCGGCUUACUCGAACGGACCGUAGCUGACCCCUCAGUGCUGUGCAAGAGAGAGAGAGAGAGAGGACAUUUUGCAGAAGGCAUGGAUUUACUUUCAUAUGGACUGCUCUGAUGUAUCAUAAUGUAACAAAAGUAGUUUAUAGUAGGGUAUGUUUUCUCGUUUUUUGCAUCACGUGGGCAUUUUUUUUUUUCUGGUUCUGGGCGUGUGUGUUUAACAAAUAGGAUCAUCGCAGCCCUCGCACACAAUAUAGAAGAGAAACUAUUUUCCCGUGCAAACAUAUUGGCUUUUCAAAACAGCCACAGUUGCUCACUUUUAUGUACUCUAGCAAAUGUAGGGACCUUGGAUCUCCUCAUACAAAGUCAAUAUUGAAAUCGUGCCAAUCCCUUUAAUUCAUCUACGUUGCUUCUUAAUUGCGAAAUGUUGCAUUGCACUGAAUACUAUUGUUUUGUAACACAACACAGUCCCGUGCAUGUUGUCCCUGUGGUUGUUACUGGUAAGCAGGAAACGCACUAUUAUUGUUACAAGGUCCAAAGGGAGGGAAUGAAGGGCCUGAAAAAGCAGCAACAAAC